CUGUGAACAUUGUUAUAUUGAUUGUUUUGUUAUUAAAUUUUAGUUUAAAAUGAUUCAAAGGCAAAUUUAUGCAAAAUGUUUACAAAAUGUAAAAUCAUUAGAUAUUUCAAGGCGAUUGCUCAGCAGCAAUCACAAUAUCAUUGACAGUCAUCAAAAUGAACGGAAUAGACGACGUUUUUUAAGACAAAGUCAGGGAUUACGCGCAUUUCGGCCGGAAGAGUGUCCAGCCAAACCAACAAUCAUACUAUUCCCAGGACAGGGAUCACAGUUUGUUGGCAUGGCCAAAUCUCUUGUAGAUAUUCGAGAAGCUGUGGAAAUAUUUGACAUUGCCAGCUCAAUUCUUGGUUAUAAUCUAUUGAAACUAUGUAAUCAUGGUCCCGAACAAAAAUUGAAUCAAACCAUCUAUUGUCAGCCAGCUAUAAUGGUAACAUCGUUGGCGUCUCUUGAAUUGCUAAAAAAACAUCGGCCAGAUGCAAUUGAAAGUUGCAUCGGAACAGCUGGUUUUAGUCUUGGUGAAAUAACGUCUUUAGUUUUUGCCGGCGCUAUACCAUUCGAUCAGGGUAUUGAAUUAGUUCGAGUGCGGGCAGAGGAAAUGCAGUUGGCCAGUGAUAAAAAUAAAGGCGGAAUGGCAACCAUUAUAUUCAAAGAUGAUAAGAAUUCAAAACUCAGUUUGGCAUGUGAAAAAGCACGAGAGUGGUGUUUAGAUGCAGGCGUUGAAUGUCCCGAAUGUGUUAUUGCCAAUCAUUUGUUUCCACAAUGCAAAGUGAUAUCCGGAUGUGAAGAAGCACUACGAUAUAUCAGUUUAAAUAUGAAAACAUAUAAUUUGAGUAAAAUGAUACGGAUACCAGCGUAUGGAGCAUUUCAUUCGUCUCUCAUGGAAUCGGCAGUCAUGCCAUUUAAAAAUAUCUUAAAGAAAAUUGAAUUAGACGAACCAAUUAUAAGUGUCUAUUCGAAUGUAACUGCUAGACGCUAUGAGAGCAAGGGAGAAAUAUUAAAACAGCUACCUCAACAAAUUGUUAUGCCGGUAAAGUGGGAGCAAAUAAUGCAUGUUUUGUACGAACUCAAAAUAAACAAUCAAUUACCGGAUACAUUUGUAUGUGGUCCUGGGAUGGCACUUAAAACAAUUCUGAAACAAGUAAAUGCAAAGGCUUUCGAAAAUACGAUUAAGAUCGGUGAUUGAUUAUGAACGAAUGGGUGCAUUCAAUUAAAGUAAGCUUAGAUUAGAUCAUUUAUAUAAGAUACAAAAACCAAAUGAAUAUACAAUAAUUAUUGAGA